AUGGAUGGGAACAACUACACUUCCUGGGCUGAUCAAUGGGAUGAUGGACCAGACCCUGUGACCGUUGGUUCCAAUAACAAAAAGAGCAGCGACAGCACCACCAAAUACAAGCAAAAGCUCGGGGAGGGUUUUGGCAAGACCAAAGCAGUGGCCUCCACCGGCGUGAAGAAGUUGAAGGAUGGUACAUCCGUUGGCCUUCACUGGAUCAAGACCAAGUACUCCAAAGCAACCCACAAACAUUAA